AGGAUGGUGUUGUUGCUGCUGCUGCAGGACCAAGAAAGCCUAAUGCUGUCUUAUGGUCUCCUUUCUGUGAGAAGAAAAAUAAUAAUCAAAGACAGAGAGAAGAAAGGAGACAGUCUUCUAUGUCUCCUUCUAGUCAGCAGCAGCAGCAGCAACAGCAGCAGCAGCAAAGGGGAGGUGGUAGACAAAGACACAGACAACAACAGCAUCAGCAGCAACAAAAUGCAAAACAAUCAGGCAUGCAUCCAGUACCCAACCCUAUGAGGGGUUCGCCUAUGGGGGGGCCCCCAUAUGGGGGGGGGCCCCCAGGGGGCCCCCCUCCCCUCUUUGGGGUCCGACCUGGGGCCCCACCUGUCGAGAGGCCAUAUUACGAAGUGGGUUCAGGGGGUGGGGGCCCCCCUGGUGGGCCCCCAGGAGGUCCCCUUUCCCUCCGACGAGGUGUUCUACCACCUCCAGGGGGCCCCCCAUUGCUGCGUGCUGCUGGGGGCCCCCCACCGCCUUUGCUGCUGCAGCGGGAUAGGUUAGAUAGACCGCUGCGGUACCCAGGAGAGGGCCCCCCCCCUCGUGUACUGCCGCCUCCACAAGAGUAUAGAGGUGCAGGAGCAGGGGGGCCCCCUUAUGAUGAUCAGCAUGGAAGAAGAGAUAGUUGGGGAAGAAGAGGGGGGGGCCCCCUGUAUAUGCAGCAGCAGCAGCAUUAUAGGGGUGAUGGGUACAGAGAUGAAUUAGAUGAGGGCCCCUAUGGAGACAGACAUAGAGACAGAGAAAGAGACAGAGAAAGAGACAGAGACAGAGACAGGGAUAGGGACAGGAGAGGAGACAGGGGAGGAGACAGGGGAGGAGACAGGGACAGAGACAGAGACAGAGGAGACAGAGACAGAGGAGACAGAGAUAGAGACAGAGGAGACAGAGGAGGAGACAGGGAGAGAGACAGAGGAGACAGGGAUAGACGUUCUCCUUCCCCUAGAGGUCAUAGUAGGGAUAGACGAGACGCAGAGGGAGACAGCAGCAAAACAAACAGCAGCAGCAGCAGCAGCAGCGGUGGUGGUGCUGUAACCAGUGAGCUGCUGUCUCUGCUGCGGCAGCGGCUGCUGAGUGGUGCUGCUGCUGCUGCCUCGAAGCAAGAUGCUACUGAGGACAGCAAGCGCAGCAGCAGCAGCAGCAGCAGCGGAGGAGGAGGAGGGGAGAAGGGCAGCAGCAGCAACAACAGCAGCAGCAGCAGCAGCGGGAAAGAUCCGUUGCUGCAGCUGCUGCAGUGUGAGCCACAGCUGCUAGAUUGCAUGCUGCUGGAUCUAGCAAGGGAGAGACUGCAGCAGCAACUAGGCGACAGCAGCAGCAAGAAUGCUGCUGCUUCUCGUUCUCCUUCGCGCAGCAGCAGCAGACGUCAGCAGCACAGCAACCGCAGCAAAGGAAGAGGAGGAGGUCCUGCAUCUGACGAAGCAGCAGCAUCAAGAGAGAGAGACAGCAGCAGCAGCAGCAGCAACAGCAGCAGCAGUAACAGCAGCAGCAGUAGUAGCAGCAGCAGCAGCAGCAGCAAAGCAGCAGGACACCAUAGUACAGUACGCCGCAGCCGCAGCCGCAGCCGUAGCCGCAGCAACUCAAGAGGAAGGGACAGAAGGAAUAAAGGAAGGAGACAAAGAAGAGGAAGCAGAAGUGUCUCCUAUGAUAGAGAUAGAGACAGAGAUAGGGGAGUCUCUGUUGACCAGCAGCAGCAGCAGCAGCAACAACAGCAGCAACAGCAGCAACAGCAGCAGAGACAUGAUAGACGCAGCAGAAUGUCUCCUUCGUCACACUCCAAUACAGGGAUGUCAUGGAGAAGAGACACAGCAGCAGAAGGAGCAGCAGAAGGCAGCAGCAGCAGCAGCAGCAAUUGGGGUGAUGAGGGGUCCCAUGGCAGCAAGAGACGUAGGGUAGGGGCCUCCUCUAACAACAACAGCAGCAGCAGCAGCAGCAGCAGCAGCAGCGCCUCUCAGUCUGGUGGUGGUGGGUCCUCAGGGGGCCCCUCAUCAGGAGGACGUGGAGGUCAUCAUGGGGGCCCCUCGGGUAGCAGCAGCAGCUCAUCACGGGACACAGCAGCAGCCGGUGGUACUGCAGGAGGUGCAGCAGCAGCAGCAGCAGCACGUAGAGGAGAAGAAGGAGACAGAUAUAAUAAGGAUAGGGGCUUGCUGCUCGUCUCUCGUGUCUCUAAACAGGGACAGCAUGCAUGCAGCAUGAGUGCUAAAUUUAUUAAAGGGGACCCAACACUACAACCGUAG